AUGAUAGUGCUCGGGCACCAGGUGCAGGUCCCUGCCUGCCGUGUGGAUGGCUGCUGGCAAGUUGCUAGCUGUGAUUGUGUGGUCGGUGCCCUUUGGGGCGUCGUGGUGGUCGUUGUGGCCGGAUGUGCCGUUGCGGCGGGUGUCGGUCACCAUAAACUAGCAAUGAACUCCGCCACGGAGCCGAGUGGAGGCGUUGUCUGUGUUUGUGGUAGCGAUUGCCCUUCCAGUGUCGAUGGACCGCUUCCGUCGAGGGACUGCAUUGGUCGAACUGGGCUAGUGGCGUCGCCUUCUUGCUGCGGCAGUCCUUUGUCCGUCAUUUCCGGUGCCUGGAGUUGUUUCGUGGGUUUUGCAGGAUCGAGUGCAAACCCGGAUGGAGCCAACUGUUGUGAUAUGUCACCGGAUUAA